CAAACGCGGGAUGACAGCCUGACCGGAGCGCGCUAUAAAACGCCUCUCGUCCAAAACCCCCUCGGUUCGACCCCCUUUCCGCCCGCCUGCUUGUCGAGUUGCUCCACCCCGGCCCCCGCGCACGCGCCUCCCGUGCCGCCCCGGCGCCGCCGCGUCCGAGCAGCAGAUUUUUGCGUGGGGGAUUCCUGUUCUUCCCCAUCAAUUGCUUGCUGCGCCAGUAUCCCAGCACUAAUUGCCUUCAGCUGGUGAUUUUCUUCUUUAUUCUAGUCGGUAUUUGCACUUUGCCCUGUUUUCUCAAGCUGCUGAGCUGUUUCAGUGAUUUUUGUUGUGCUGUUUAGAUGUGGUGAAUGUGGGCUUGCCACCAAUAACCCAUGAACUGUCUGAGUGUGCUUUGUUUACAGUGGAAUGCUCUGGCUUUUACAUGCCAUUUUAGAGGCUGUAACAUGACAUGAGUGCCGCUCUAUACUGGGAAUUGGGGUUGUGGCGUGGGGUGUUUGAUACUUGAAAAAUAAAAAACAAAAUGAAUGUAUUUAGGUGGAGGCCGACCCGAGCUGGGUUAGCUGGGUCUUUCCCCCCAAAUGGUGUCCAAUUUAAAUGAUCUCUUCUUUUCUGAAGCUCAAGUGUAGUGAUUUAUUUGAGCUCUUAUCUCCUACUUCCUCUGUUCCAAAUUAUGUCAGCUCUAUUUUUUCUAGAUACAUUGUUUUUCCUAUGUAUCUCCAUAUAGGCUAUGUCUAGACACAUAAAAUAGCUAUGUAUCUAAAGCCAAAAUGACUUAUAAUUCGGAACAGAGGGAGUUGUAGGUAACCAGAGCACUGUAGCAGGCCAGUAUUGCUAUAUAAGACAGAAACUAUAGUGCCAUUGUAUUACAUUUUGUUGUAAUUUCCCAGUUCUUGUCAUUAGGUUGAUUUUUAUUCUGCUUUCUCUAAAUCAUUUGCCUUGGGCGUGAAAUAUACCAAAUGGGGCCAAAUUAGUUAUAUGCUACUUUCAUUUUUAUGGUUAAUGGAUUUAUUUCAUUAAGCUUAUGAAACGACCCGGUCUCUACAAAGUAUUCGACCCAUAACAGACAACCAUUCAGAUAAACACCAAAGCUAGAUAACAGAAUAGACCCAUAGUUCUAGCCUAUUGCUAAACUUCCAGCCAUUUUUGGCAAACAUCUCCAUUGCAAUAAUUUCCAGUCAUGAGCACACAGCCUUUAGCUGCCUUUGGUUCUCCUCUGUCUGAAGGGCAGCCCAGUUCCUGAUCUAGAAGGUACUCCUGAAAAUUACCUGUAGAGGAGAUUGGAUUGUAACAUUAUUAAAAACCAGAUCAUUUCUACACAGCCACAGAGACCAAGUCACAGCAGCAGCAUCCACACAAAUCAUUCUUUUUAAAUCUGGUUUGAAAGCAUUGAGCCACUGCCCAAAGAACUGUACUGAACCAAAUGGGGCUUGCAGUCCAGUUGCUAUUUCUAUAAUUCUCCAAAUAAAAUUUGCAAACCCACAAUUAAAGAACAAGUGAUAAACAGUUUCAGCACAGUUACAAUAGCAGCACUUAUCACUUCCCUUCCAGUUUUUCCUCGUGAUUGUAUGAUUUCUAUCUUCUCACUAAACUUAUCAUUUAUGUGGUUAAUGCUAUAAUGUUGCUCUCUAUUCUUCUGUUUUUAUAGCUAAUGCCUGUGAGUAAUUAUUCUUGUGCUUCUACAUGAUUUAGAGUGCAGAGCAGUUGAGGAUGACUCAUGUAUCUGUUUCUUGUGCAAGUUUUUCUGUUAAUAUUGAGUGCCUACCUCUGCUUUAUGUCUUGAUAAUGAUUUGCCAGCAAUCUGCUGUAUGACCUGUUAUAGUUCUGCCUGAAGUAGUAGGUGUAGUUAGUUCUAUUCAGAAUAUAUGUUAUGUUUGAUUUCUAUGCAUGCUUUUACAAAAAGAAAUAUUCUGCUAUUUAUUGCUGUGACCUUGUAGUUCAAACUUUUUGUGGAUUUUAUUCAUACAAUAUACUGCUUGUCUGCAGCUUGCAUUGCAUCAGAUAUCUGUUGCAUGCCAUCUAAACACAAAAGGACACUUUGUUGAUGUGCUGUCAAUAAAACCCUAACUUAGACUAUGCCUGGCUGAACCAUUUGACUACUUUAUUUUUGAGUGAGUAGCAUAGAAAUAUGCCCCCUUAUUAUUUUGUCAUUUCACAUAGUUCUUAUUAUCUGAGUGGCAGGUGGGUUUCCUGUAGGGAUGACAAUUUUACUCGCGGGUUUGGAUAUCCGCUGGAUAUCUGACCAGUUGGAUUCGGAUUCGGGUAUAAUAAUUCACCCGUGGGUCUUAUCCGUACCCAACCCGUGGUAAAGUCGGGUCAGGUUCGGAUAUUAUACUUUACCCGUUGGUCCCUGGCGGAUAUCAGAAAAUAGCCAAAUAGCUAAUUGCGGCCCACUUGGUAGGCAAAUAGCCCAGCCCACACUACUCCUCUAACCGUAACCCUAGGCCAUCCGGCCACACCCAGGCCCCCACCCGCCACUCCGCCAGGCCGCCACCCACCCCCACUCGGCCACUCCCCCAGGCGUUCAAGCACGGCGCCCAUGCCCUAGCCCCUAGACCCCUAUUCGCAGGUCGCAGCAGCCGCCAACACCCAGAUCCCAUACCACGCCGCCACCGCGCCACCGGAGUCCGGCGGCCAGCCCCCGCCCACCGGCGAGUCCCUGGCUCCCUGCGCGUGCGAGACCAGAGAUCCAGGCAGCGGACGAGCCCUCUCCGUCCCCAGCCAUUAGCGACCAGCUGGUGCCGGUCAUCCCUGCUGCGACGAGCUGGUGCCGUGAAGCCGCCCUCCAGGCCUACAGAUCCAGGUGUCCCUUUGUUCAGUUGUUGGUCGUGUGUGCUGCCCGUAUCCCUACAACCAUGCUGGUGCCUGGUGCUGCUGCCUUGAGCUGACCAUGCAAAACAACCGUGCUGGUGCUUCUGCUGGUGACAUGGUGAAAACUCCGAGAUCUCCUGUUACCACAGGUGCAGCAGGAGGCAAUGACAAAGCUUCAAAGUGUGGUUGUGAUAUUGACAAUGGUGAGGCUGGGCCAUCAUUGGUGGUGGUGGAGCAACAAGCACUAGCCACUUUGUAGCAAACAUGUGGUCACUAGCAUGGUCAUUUGACUUAAUCAUUAACUAGACAAUACACUGACGAAUGAACCAGUGUAACAUUUAAAUGGAAGUUUAUUAUCACACAUGCAGAGUAUUGUGAUGCAAAUACAUGUAUGUUUCUUGCAACAACCACAAGGAACAAGAAGAUGCAGAGCAAAGCCACAAAAGAAGGAAGAGGAAUCCACAGAAAACAACAAGCUGGAGAAUGGAUCUCUGGAUGCAACAGAAGAGGUGCAUCAUGGAGUCGAAAAAGGUGAUGGACAUGUUACCCGCAAGAGACCAAGGAGAUCAGCGGCCUGUUCUGAUUUCAAAGAGAAAUCCAUACGCUUAUCCGAAAAAAAAUCUGUUGUCAUGGUCAAGAAGAAUCGGAUGGAGGAGGAAGAAGUAGAUGCUGUCAAUCUGACAAAACUUGGACCAGAAGAUCCACCACCUUGCCGGAAGUUGAUCGAUUUUAUCUUGCAUGAUGCAGAAGGGAACCCACAACCCUUUGAAAUGUCAGAAAUUGAUGACUUCUUUAUAACAGCUCUUAUCAUGCCCAUGGAUGAUGAUCUAGAAAAAGAGCGUGAAAGAGGAGUACGCUGUGAAGGAUUUGGGCGAAUUGAGGACUGGAAUAUUUCUGGUUAUGAUGAAGGUACUCCUGUAAUCUGGGUGUCAACUGAUGUUGCUGACUAUGAAUGUGUGAAACCAUCAACCAAUUACAAAUCUUAUUUUGACCACUUCUAUGAGAAGGCUCAGGUGUGUGUUGAAGUUUUCAAAAAGCUUGCAAAAUCAGUUGGUGGGAAUCCUAACCAGGGCCUGGAUGAAUUGCUUGCUAGUGUUGUUCGGUCAACCAAUGCCAUGAAAGGAUAUAGUGGAACCAUGAGCAAAGAUUUGGUGAUAUCCAUUGGAGAAUUUGUAUACAAUCAACUUGUUGGUUUGGAUGAGACAUCAAACAAUGAUGAUGAAAAGUUUGCUACCCUGCCAGUUCUUCUUUCUCUAAGAGACCAGUGCAGAUCUAGGGUGGAACUGACCAAGUUGCCCUCUAACUUCUCGAACACAAGUCUGAAAAUUAAGGACUCAGAGUGUGAUGAGACAGCAGAAGACGAUGAUGAUGCAAAAUUAGCUAGAUUACUUCAACAAGAAGAAGAAUGGAAAAUGAUGAAGAAACAGAGGGGUAGGCGUGGAACACCAUCCCAGAAAAAUGUCUACAUAAAAAUCAGUGAAGCUGAGAUUGCCAAUGACUAUCCCCUUCCUGCAUACUAUAAGCCAUUUAGCCAGGAAAUGGAUGAAUACAUAUUUGAUAGUGAUGACAGCAUAUUUUCUGAUGAUGUGCCAGUUAGGAUACUCAAUAACUGGACACUGUACAAUGCAGAUUCCAGGCUUAUAUCUUUGGAAUUGAUCCCUAUGAAAUCAGGGGCAGAAAAUGAUGUGGUUAUCUUUGGAUCUGGUUUCAUGAGAGAUGAUGAUGGCAGUUGCUGUUCUACAGCUGAGUCUGUGAAAUCUUCGUCUUCCUCCAGCAAAGCUGACCAACUGGAUGCAGGAAUCCCUAUUUAUUUGAGCCCAAUCAAAGAAUGGAUUAUAGAGUUUGGUGGCUCAAUGAUUUGUAUAACCAUUCGGACUGAUGUGGCCUGGUACAAGCUACGCCAACCAACAAAACAAUAUGCUCCAUGGUGUGAGCCUGUACUGAAAACAGCAAGGCUUGCUGUUAGCAUCAUUACCCUGUUGAAAGAGCAGAGUCGUGCCUCAAAGCUUUCUUUUGCUGAUGUCAUAAGAAAAGUAGCUGAAUUUGACAAAGGAAACCCUGCAUUUAUAUCUUCAAACAUCACACUUGUUGAGAGAUAUAUUGUGGUGCAUGGACAGAUAAUACUCCAGCAGUUUGCAGAUUUUCCAGAUGAGACUAUCCGUCGGAGUGCAUUUGUCAGUGGUCUUUUAUUGAAGAUGGAACAGAGGAGGCAUACAAAGUUAGUUAUGAAGAAAAAAACUCAAGUGAUGAGGGGAGAGAAUCUGAAUCCAAGUGCAGCAAUGGGUCCAGCAUCGAGGAAAAAAGCAAUGCGUGCAACAACAACCAGGCUCAUCAACAGAAUCUGGAGUGAUUACUAUGCACAUCAUUUCCCUGAAGAUUCCAAGGAGGGAGAUGGAAAUGAAACAAAAGAAAUUGAUGAUGAACAAGAAGAAAAUGAAGAUGAGGAUGCUGAAGAUGAAGGGCAGAUUGAAGAGAACAUCUCAAAGACUCCUCCAUCAACACGGUCCCGGAAGUUGCUAUCACAAACUUGUAAGGAAAUCAGAUGGGAAGGUGAAACAUCUGGGAAAACAUUGUCUGGAGAAACUCUAUAUAAAUGUGCUUAUGUUAGGGAACUCAGAAUACCUGUUGGUGGAACAGUGGCUCUAGAAGAUGAUUCAGGAGACACAGUCAUUUGUUUUGUUGAGUACAUGUUCCAGAAAGUUGAUGGUUCAAAAAUGGUUCAUGGGAGGAUUCUGCAAAAAGGUUCACAGACAAUUCUUGGCAAUGCGGCAAAUGAGAGGGAGGUUUUCUUAACUAAUGACUGCUUAGAAUUCAAAUUAGAUGACAUCAAGGAAUUGGUAAUGGUUGAUAUCCAAUCAAGGCCUUGGGGUCACAAGUACAGAAAAGAGAAUUCUGAAGCUGAUAAAGUUGAGCAGGUCAAAGCAGAAGAGAGAAAGAAAAAGGGCCAGCCCAUGGUAUAUUUCUGCAAAAGCUUGUACUGGCCUGAGAAGGGUGCCUUCUUUGCCCUCUCCCGAGAUAAAAUGGGUCUUGGUAGUGGUUUAUGUAGUUCUUGUGAUAAUAUAGAGCCAGAUUCUGAUGAAUUGAAAAUAUUCUCGAAGACCAGCUUUGUCUACAGAAAGGUUACAUAUAAUGUCAAUGAGUUUUUAUACAUAAGACCUGAUUUUUUUGCUGAAGAUGAGGAUCGUGCAACCUUCAAGGCUGGCCGAAAUGUGGGUCUAAAGCCCUAUGCAGUUUGUCAAAUAUUGUCCAUCCCUGAAGGGGCUGGAUCUAAAAAACUCAAUCCAGCAUCAGCAAAUAUCAGUGCUAGAAGAUUUUACAGACCAGAUGACAUUUCAUCAGCCAAAGCCUAUGCAUCUGACAUCAGAGAGGUCUACUAUAGUGAGGAUGUAAUUGAUGUGCCUGUGGAUAUGAUAGAGGGAAAAUGUGAGGUUAGAAAGAAGAACGAUCUUGCAAGUUCAGACCUUCCAGUGAUGUUUGAACAUGUAUUUUUCUGUGAACUUAUAUAUGACCGUGCCAGUGGAGCUCUCAAGCAGUUGCCUCCAAAUGUUAGGUUUAUGUCUAUGGUGCAAAGGACAAGUGCGUUGAAAAAGAACAAAGGAAAGCAGAUCUGUGAGCCUGAUCAAAUAGAUUCAGGUAAAUGGUUGGAUGUGCCUAAAGAGAACCGUCUAGCUACUCUUGACAUUUUUGCUGGCUGUGGAGGUUUAUCAGAAGGGCUGCAGCAAGCUGGUGUAUCUUUUACAAAAUGGGCGAUUGAAUACGAAGAGCCUGCUGGUGAAGCAUUUAAUAAAAAUCAUCCAGAGGCUGUGGUCUUUGUAGAUAACUGCAAUGUGAUUCUAAAGGCAAUUAUGGAUAAAUGUGGGGAUACUGAUGAUUGUGUUUCAACUUCUGAAGCUGCUGAACAAGCAGCAAAACUUCCAGAAGUGAACAUUAAUAAUCUUCCAGUCCCUGGCGAAGUUGAAUUCAUAAAUGGUGGUCCUCCGUGUCAGGGAUUCUCUGGGAUGAAUAGAUUCAACCAAAGCCCAUGGAGUAAAGUUCAGUGUGAGAUGAUUCUAGCAUUCCUCUCAUUCGCUGAGUAUUUCCGUCCCAGAUUCUUUCUGUUAGAAAAUGUUCGGAACUUUGUUUCCUUCAACAAAGGGCAGACCUUCCGUUUGGCAGUUGCAUCUCUUCUGGAGAUGGGAUACCAGGUCCGGUUUGGAAUUCUAGAAGCAGGGGCUUUUGGUGUUGCCCAGUCCAGGAAAAGGGCGUUUAUUUGGGCUGCUGCACCUGGAGAGAUGCUUCCUGAUUGGCCAGAGCCGAUGCAUGUGUUUGCUAGCCCUGAGCUGAAGAUAACACUGCCUGAUGGCCAAUACUAUGCAGCUGCAAGAAGCACUGCUGGUGGAGCGCCUUUCCGAGCGAUUACUGUUAGAGAUACAAUUGGGGAUCUGCCUAAAGUGGGAAAUGGUGCCAGCAAACUCACGCUUGAGUAUGGAGGUGAGCCCGUGUCUUGGUUCCAGAAGAAGAUAAGAGGGAAUAUGAUGGUACUGAAUGAUCACAUAUCUAAGGAGAUGAAUGAGCUGAACCUAAUAAGGUGCCAACACAUUCCGAAACGGCCGGGUUGUGAUUGGCAUGACCUACCGGACGAGAAGGUUAAGCUGUCAAAUGGGCAGAUGGCUGACCUGAUACCUUGGUGCCUGCCCAACACAGCCAAGAGGCACAAUCAGUGGAAAGGACUGUACGGGAGGCUGGACUGGGAAGGCAACUUCCCCACAUCCGUCACUGAUCCCCAGCCAAUGGGCAAGGUCGGCAUGUGCUUCCACCCUGAUCAAGACAGGAUCAUCACAGUCCGGGAAUGUGCUCGGUCACAGGGCUUUCCUGACAGCUAUGAAUUUGCGGGCAACAUCCAGAACAAGCACCGGCAGAUUGGCAAUGCCGUGCCCCCGCCUCUUGCCUAUGCACUUGGGAGGAAGCUGAAGGAAGCCGUUGACAAGCGUCAGGAAGCCAGCGCAGGCGUGCCUGCACCAUGAGAAGUUUUCCUUCCAUCAAACCAUGACCCAUGAAGCUAAGCGCUGAGGUCGUCCUUGAGGACCAGUUAAUUUUGGUUUUAUCAGUCUUAAUGCACUCCUGAAUGUAUAUGUUAGAGAAGUGUCGAUUGCUGAUUGUUACCCUGAUUCAGGGUAGCGGUUAUAUCUAAAAACUUGAGAAAAUCUAGUGUACUCUAGUUGUCAUGUGUUCCAUUUUGUUGGCUCUAAACUUUCAACUAGUUUUGGUGAUUAAUGACAACAUGAGAUUAAAUUAAA